AUGGACCCAGUGGUGUCGUAUUGCAACUUGGCUUUGCCCCCCAACUCGUCGUUGGGAAACAUGAGCAAUCGCUGGAGAACUGGACUUCCAACUUUGGCCAAGGAAGAAUUGCAGUUGCUGCCUGAAGGAGUGCUACUCUGUGGGCACAUUUUCUGCGAAACCUGUUUGGGCGAUUGGGUCGUCUCGGGCAAAAAAGCUGGCUCGAUGUGUCCGAUUUGUCGUUUUGAUUUCACCACCGAGAGCGUCGAUCCUGAGAAGAUCGAAGAAGAGGAAACCAGGCCUUACUUCUUCGUGCAGGUGAAGAAGAGCAGCUCAGGUUGCCCAGGGGCGAGCCUGCCCUUGUUGGCCACAACGGUGCAAGACAUCAUCAACAAAUCGUUAUCUGAGCAAGGCAAGACUUUCCAAGUCAAGGCGUAUGCGCAAAAACGAAAGAGUGUUGAAUUGAAGUGCGCAUCCUGCCACUACAAGACCUGCGCCUGGAAGGGCUUUGCUCUUGCGCCCACAUCAUGUGAAACGUUGUCGUCAUAUGAGCUCAUUGACAAGGACCAUGGACAGCCGAGGCCAAAAGCAAAAGCUGGCCGAAAGUCUCGCGGCUCCCGACCACCUUUGCAGUUGACAGAAACCAUAGAAUACCAUGGUGGCAUUACGCCCAAAGCAUUCAUCCAGGCCGUGGUCAAACAUUUCAAAAAUAAACCUGGGCCAGCUUCUUUCAAAGUGCUGUGCAGGUCCCGCAAAGCAACCAAGAAAGGCUUAGUUUGCAGCAUUUCUUGUAGCACGCAUUGCAACAAUGCAGAGAACAAGCCACUUUGCCCAUGGACUUGGAUGGCAACGUUGCUUACUGCCACAAGCUCUGCUGGGCCGCAACUUCGGCUACGCUUUGCUGCACGGCUGCGGGCCCAAAGAAAGAAAGCCGCAGCAGACACGGACGCCGUGCCCCACACAAACAAAAAGGCUUUCCAGGCAAGCGAUUUUGAGUUCUUAUGUGACAAGCUCAAUGCUGGCCUCGGUGGCAGCACUUCAGUCUCUAGCUCUGAUCCGCGGCUGCUCAGUGGCGACAAAUUCUUGCGAUGCGUCAACCUUCGCAUGUCUCCAGAAGCUGUUUGCACCCCGCUCAUUUGCCCUUUGAUGUUGCACUUGACUUUGUCUCUCCUGCCGCAGCCAUGGUGUCUGAAAGUCUCAACGGAUGGCACCUACAGGCUUUUGUUCGAACAGUACACAUUGCUGACGCUUGGCGUCAAUGUCAAGAAAAGGCAGGAGGGUGCCUCUUAUGCUUUCCGAUCUUCCUUCGUACCUUUGGCCUUUUGCUUUGCCCAUGUUGAAGACGGCGGUGCUUACGGGCCUUUUGCGCAGACAGUCAUGGAGGUUGCCCAAGCAAUAGGCCAUCCUUUAAACGCAAGCCAUGUCUUGCAGUUCCACGGCGACCUUCACAAAGGCGUUGAAUCGCGGUCAGCUGUGUUCCCGCACAGCCAGCGGUUGUCUGACUGGGCGCAUGCCACGGGGGCAACGUCACAAGGACCGAGUGGCCUUCAUGGCUAUUUCCACCAAGUCUUUGGCGAUUCGCAGCUUACUUGUUUCCUCCUGCAAUGGUGCCGAAUCUCCAGAACCAUGACAUUGCUUUUGUUUCAUGAGGUUUGGUCUCACAUCUUCGCCAUGUUGGAGGAGCUAGAUUACGCUCAGGUCGCCAGAAACAUACAGCGGCAAUACUUCCAGUGCGUGGCUGGGCCAGGUGAUGUCAGUCUGUGGUCUGCCCCUUGGCGGUCGGGGCCUGAUCGCAUCAUGCCAGGCACAGAUGCUGGGUCUGCCCCCCAGGAAAGCUGGCAUGGGAACUCGUUGAAGCCGGCUUUUGCUGUUCGUAAGUAUGACCCGUUUGAGCUUGCCACCCACCUUCAAGCUACGAUUGUGGAUCCGCAGCUGCAAGACCUGCAGGGCAGAAUGAAAGAUGACGCCAGCUUCGAGGACUGGCCAGCCGUCGGAAAGUACUUUGACCAACACAUCCUUCACAAUUCUUGCGCCCUAGCAAAAGAGGGCCGAGUGCCGCCGCAAGCUUUGCUGGGGUUGAACUUGCAUCAGUCGUUCCAAGACGCAGCGGGAAACACUUGGAUGUUGUUGCCCAAAUCCACGCUGAAAGUUGAUUGGGCCAAGUCAGGGCGAAAGAAAGCUUACAAGCACCGCGCUCUUGACCGAUUGCCGCCAAAUGCUGUCGAGAAGUUUGCUGACAUGGUCAGAGCCACUUCAAACCUCCAGAUCAAAGAAGCAUGGCAAAACCUCGGCUUCUAUUCAGCCGAUGGCCGAAUUAACUGGAAGGGCGCGGCAAAAAUGUUUGAUGAUUGGAAUGUCGUUCUAUCAGGACCUUUGGCUCGGCAGUUCUGGCAGCUCCACCACAUUCUCCUCUCCAGGCAAACUUUUCGGAUAGCAACCUCCAUGCCCUUCACCUCUGCUUCAAUUGCGCAAUUGCUGCGAAGUGGGGCCCUUGUGAGCAUAUGUAUGCAUCGAUGCUCCAUCACAACCUCAUCAACCAGUGCAGCCUGCCACGUCCCAAGGCCAAAGGUAGACCAGCCAAAAAGGCUCGAUCAGCUCCCCCCCCAAUUUCUUCCAGCUCACUCCUGGUCCCGGCUUGGAGCGCCCUGCUUCUUCGUCAGCGUCGUCCUUGCCCAAAUCCACACAGCCAAUGGCCACUUUGUCUUCCGACCAAAUUCGCAAAGCCGGUUGCGGGCACUUGUUUCCUGCGAUGCUUGCCCAACAAGCAACAAUUGCAGCCCUUCGCACCUGUACUAUGUCAGAUUUUGUGGCGAUUUUUGGGUGCAAUGUCGGUGCUGCCCACAACAUCAUGACGCUUCUGGCCAACGUCGGGACCUCAGAUAUCUUCACAAUCUGGCUUGCUUUUUCUUUCGUUUUUUUUGGUCGCCUCAUGCAUUCUGUUCUUUGUGCGCGAUGUAA